CCUGCUCCUCCUCUUCCCAAGAUCAAAACUUGGGAUUUGAAUUUUAAUAAGGGGGGAUUUUCCUCUGCAGGGUUGCAGCGCGUCUGCAGCGGGGCUUUGUGCAUUGGGGUCUGCUGGAAAGAAGCGCAGGAACAACCCAAAACCUAUUGGCUCCAGGUUGAACCCAUUUGUCACUGUGCAUGGCAACAUCUGGAUUACCAUGUGGGCCCUCUUUAGCCAGUCUUCCUAGAAAAAGCUGUGAGAUGGUGUGUAGUGUUAUUUAAGUUCAAGGGUGGGACUUUCUUUCACCUACUUUGAGGUGAGAAAAAUGGAUUUUGAUGGAGCAGGUUUGAGCAUUUGAGUUGGAGAGUGGGGUGAGCCAAAAAAAGACAAAGUGGCAACCGUCGACUUCCUUGGAAGGAAACAGGGUAAGCACAGCAUCUUGAGAAGAUGGAGGAACAGGCCCGAACAGGGCCUGAGUCAGGAGAGGGGCCUGGAGGAUCAGGGAGAGACGCUUUUUCAGUCCAGUCUGGUACUGCCCGGGACCUGUCCAGAUGGGCAGUGCCACGGCAGGAAGGGAUCCCACAGCGCUUGGAAGCCCAGUGGCAAGAGUACUUGAAAACGGUCCAGUAUCCCUCUUCGGGCUGGGGGACCUCACAGAUGCCCGACUUGACUUCAUGGGAUGAUUUGGCCGCAUUCGACCGUAUGGUGGGUGCCUGCCAGUGGUCUCGAGAGGGGAUGAGCCGCCUCGUGCCCACACUCAGUGCUGAAGCCCAGCAGGUCUUAAGUGGCCUGAAUGCCCGAGAGAAAGGAGACCAUGGCAAGGCCAAAGCUACUGCCCUGCGAGGCAGUUCAAGCAGUGCUGAGCUGCAGCGCCAGCGCUUCCGCCAGUUCCGCUACCAGGAAGCCGAGGGGCCUCGCGAGGUCUGCAGCCGAUUACGGGAGCUCUGCCAUCGCUGGCUGGAACCAGAGAGCCGCACCAAAGAGCAGAUCCUGGAGCUCCUGAUCCUGGAGCAGUUUUUGGUAGUCCUGCCAAAGGGAAUCCAAAACCGAGUCCGAGAACGUGGCCCUGAGACCUGUGCCCAGGCUGUUGCCUUGGCUGAAGGAUUCCUUCUGAGGCAGCAGGAGACCUUGCAAAAUGAACCACAGGGCUCUAACUCUCUCCAGGGGACAGCUGUGAAUCUCUCUGAAGGCCAGCGGGCCACACCUGAUGUUAGGCCAAGGCAUCUAGCCAAGGAGGCCAGGCAGCAGGAUAAUGGGAGGACUGGCUUGCUGGGUGCCAAAGCUACAAACAGAACUGGUGGGUCAGUUCAGCAUCCAGGGGCCAAGGAAGACGGAAUGUGUACAGCUGCUGGGAUGACCCCAAGGAAGGAGAAAUCCCACAUAUGUAUUGACUGUGGGAAAUGCUUUGCACGCCCAUCUGAUCUGGCCAAGCACGAGAACAUCCAUACGGGCGCAAAGCCCUUUCGCUGCAUGGAGUGUGGGACAAGAUUCAGUCAGCUGUCUCACUUGACUAGACACCAGAGGAUUCACACAGGGGAAAAACCACACGUGUGCACUGAAUGUGGGGCAGCGUUUGCCCAGCGUGCCUCCCUGGUUAGUCACCAAAGAGUUCACUCCGGAGAACAGCCUUAUCGCUGUUCUCACUGCCAACAGUGCUUCAGCCACCAGUCAGCACUCAAGGUACACGAACGUAUUCACACGGGCCAGAAACCCUACAUCUGCCUAGAAUGUGGGAAAAGGUUUGUUUCUUCUUCCACGCUUAAAAUACACAAGAGGAUCCAUACCGGGGAGAAACCAUUUUCCUGUGCCGAGUGUGGGAAACGAUUUAUUCAGCGCUCUAAUCUGAUUUCUCACCAGCGAACCCACUCUGGGGAGAAGCCGUUUUGCUGUGCUGUGUGUGGGAGAAGGUUCAGCUACCCAUCAGACCUCACACGGCACCAGAAAAUCCACACAGGAGAGAAGCCAUUUCCCUGUGAUGAGUGUGAGAGGCGAUUCACCAGGUUCUCGGAUCUUCUCAUACAUCGGAGAAUCCACACUGGGGAGCGGCCAUAUCGCUGUCUUGAGUGCGGGAGGAGAUUCCGGCAGAAGAGUGCCUUGGUAACACACCAGAGAAUUCAUAUGAAAGAGAAGGCAUCAGAAAAAGGCAAUCCCGUGGUAUCCAUAGAAUCACAGGCAAAUAGUGAGCUGAGAGUUAGUGAAAAGGAAGAAAAGGCAGACAUUCCAGGGAGAGAAGAGAAAGAGCAAGAUGUGAAAGAUGCAUUGAAAACUUAGAAGGUACCAGAGGCGUCUUGUCUUCCCAGCGCCUGAGCAAUCCCGACCUCUCAGGCUUACAAAGGGAGGCACUCUGAGGAGGAGGUGAAGAAGUUCUAUCUUCUCUUGAUAAGUCCCAUUCCUCUUUCUACACUCCUCUCAAGAACAUAGCUGGACUUUGUGUUUGGAUUGGGGGGAUUUAGCUCAGGAUGUAAUAGAUCAUGGGACUGUCCUGCUUCAUUUUUACCCCCAGGGACUUUGCUGCUGUGGCAGUGAUACAUUUGGAGACAUUUCUACAAAAUUUCUUCACCUUGCAGUGACUGGAAAAGGAACCCAAACCUUGAUUUCUUCCUUUCUUCCUCUUUUCAGCCUGAGGGAACAGCAGCACCUUGUUAACAGGGGAGUUGCUUGCUCUACAGAUUAGGCAACUGGGAUGUUGACAAUGGGAGAUGACACUGCCUAUAACUUCGGCUAUUCUAGGGUAGAUGUGGAGCAAAGAAGUCUACUGAAUUUUGCCAUUGGUUUGUGCCAUCAAAAUUUUCCCUGAGUAGGCCAAAAAAAAAAAGUUCAUGUCUGUCUGAUGAAUAUCCUAGGGGAAUCCCUUUGGCUAUUUUUUGUGCAGUGCAUCAGAGUUCAUGCAUUGUGACCUGAUCUUGCAAAGCAGUUCUUAUGUAACUAGGAGGGGAGGAUACUUGGUCAUACAGGGUUUUGCCAUAUGGAUUAGUGAAGUACAUCAUUUAGAAUAUGUCAGUUUCCCUUUCUAGAUUACCAAGGAAGUAGUUGGAACAGGACCAAUAGAAGUGCUGCUUGUGAGUUUUGCCCAGAGUAAGUCGCUUAGCUAGUAUAAUCUAAUGGAUUCAGGCAUGGAGUAUCUUGGUUCAGAUACCUGAUCCAGUCUGACUUGGCUGUUUGGCAAUUUAUAUUCACUCAGUCUGAAUUCUGUAAAAGAGGAAUUACCAGGAGCCUACCUCAUAGGGUUGUGGCAAAGAAGGCUAUCUAAAGGUUAAGGCAAAUUGUCUAUUAGAAGUGCUAUGUAAGUGAUGGAUAAUUAUGUUCAUAUUUAGGGUGUGGGAACAAAAUCUGGGCAUGCUCUAAAAAUUGCCCCCUGGUAUGGUUGACUGUAGUAUAUCAAAUGAUAUUGCCCUGCUUAUGAAAUCUGUUGCUUCUGCCCCUUUGGAUGUGGAAGAAGCUUUUUUACAGCUCAGUCCUCUGCCUGUUUACUUAGAAGUCCUUCUGCCUUCAGUGGGGCUUACUAUUAAGUGUGCUUAGGACUGAACACUUAAGCAGGCUCCCACUUUUUCAAAUGCAGCCAGCCUCCAGAGUGCAAGGAUACGACUGUGAACUCAUAUGUUUAGAGUGGGAUUUGCUUCUCCUUUCUCCUCCAUGCCAAACUAUAAACAACAUUGCAUUGCUCCCCAUCUGCCUGUUGCCCCUGGAUUCUACCUCUCUGCCCACUUGGCGAUAUUGCAAUAUACAAAUUGGGAAAUCCUUCAUUUCUGUGCAUGGCUUGCUGAGCCAUGUUCUUCACAGAGAUGUAUAUAUGCCAGUGUGUAUCACAUUUAAAUUGGUUGCGUCUAUCUCCUGAUAUAAUUACCUUCCAGUUGCUGUGUUGGGUCUCAUAAGGAAACAUGCUUGGAAUGCUUAGCUCUUAAAAAGAGCUGAACAGUGUUCUGAGAUUUCUGAAUACUCCAUGCCUGGCCCUAGAUGUCAGUAGCACAGAUAGCCCUAGACCUGAGAGCACAGCUAGGGGAUAGUCAUGUUUGAAGACUGCUCUAAACCUGCAGCUGAUGAAGGUUGCCUGAAUACUGAGAUGUAGGGUGAUCUGUACUACUUCAAGGUAUAGGUUGGGGAGCAUUCAUAAUGUCUAGGCUAAAAUAACACAAAUUACAGAUCAGGGAGAGAGGUUUCCAGUCCAGAUCAUUCUCAUUGUGCUACUUUUCUAUUUCUAGGGACUUUUUCACUCAAGGGUCCAUACACCUGCGGUGUUUCACUGAAGAGUCCAUUCUCAGCCUGAGAACACUAGCACCAUGUUGUACUGCAUGUAUGGACCAGGCCUUAGUGAUGAGGGAAGCAUUAUUCUGUA